AUGGGGCUGGCAGAGAGUGACCCUGGAAGCUUUCCCAUUUUCGAGCAACUUGGAUUGGACCAGAGCUCGGAUUUCUCAGACACCUCAUUCCAGCAGAAACUGGAUGAAGCCAAAGAGCAGGUUAAACGGGAGAUCAGGAAAGAAUUGAAGAUAAAGGAAGGUGCAGAGAACCUGCGAAAAGUUACCACUGACAAAAAAAACCUGUCCAAUGUGGAACAUGUCCUCAAGAACUCCAAUCGGAAGCUGGAGAUGUUACAUGAGCAGCUGCAGGACCUAAACGCGCACAUUGUAGUGAAGGACCCUGAGGAACUGCAAGAUGCACCUCAGUCACCUGGUACUCUGAGCCGGGAGGCUCGUUCAACUGCCAACAAGAACCGGAUUGUGGCGCUAGAGAAACAGCUCGAUAUCGAGAUGAAGGUGAAACAAGGAGCUGAGAAUAUGAUCCAGAUGUACUCCAGUGGACCUGUAAAGGAUCGAAAGAUGCUGUCCACUGCUCAGCAGAUGCUGCAGGACAGUAAAACCAAAAUUGAAGUGAUCCGUAUGCAGGUCCGGAAAGCAGUGCAGGCAGACGAGUUGCAUCUAGAAGUUGAGGAUGGCCAAGCCAAGCCUGAGCUAAGCCUCCUUGAGCUGAGAAUUGAAGAGUUGCGGCAUCACUUUCGUGUGGAACAUGCUGUGUCGGAAGGGGCAAAAAACGUGCUUCGCCUGCUGGGGUCGGGGAAGGUUCAUGAUAAGAAAGCACUGUCUGAGGCCCAGUCCAGGCUGAAUGAGUCGAGUGAGAAGGUGGACCUAUUAAAGCAUUCUUUAGAGCAGCGAUUAAAUGAGCUCCCGGAGGAUCAUCCCAAAGGCUGUAUUAUUAAAGAGGAACUUGUUAUGUCAAGCUCUCCAGCAUUCAGCAAUCGGAAUAGCACUUCUUAUCAACAGAACCAGUAUAGCACGCUCUACAAGCCAUCGCCACUGACGGGCACGCUGGAGGUCCGAAUUGCUGGCUGUAAGGGUCUUUUGGAGACUGUUCCAGGACGAUCCCGUGGGUCUGGUGUCCCUUUGCCUGCGUACAGUCCCAACGAAAGCCGAACUUUCAUGAGCAGGACCAGCCGGGGUCUGUAUGGAAGGAGUGGGAGUGGCAGUGGCCGUAACCUCAUCAUCAAAAGCGAAGAGUUGUCCAAUGAUGUGUGCGCUGUCCUCAAGCUUGAUAACAUUGUUGUUGGACAGACUGCAUGGAAAGCAGCAGGUGAACAGUCAUGGAAUCAGACCUUCACAGUGGAGCUGGAGCGUUCUCGGGAAUUAGAGAUCAGUGUUUACAGGCGAGACUGGCGUUCCCUCUGUGCCUUAAAAUAUCUCAAACUGGAAGAUUUCCUGGAUAAUCAGCGGCAUGAAAUUCAGUUGGAUUUAGAGCCUGAAGGGGUGCUCCUGACAGAGGUCACUUUCUCCAACCCUGUGAUCGAAAGAAUACCCAAGCUGCAACGGCAGAAGAAGAUUUUCUCCAAACAGCAAGGGAAGGCUUUCCUUCGAGCUCCUCAGAUGAAUAUUAACAUCGCCACUUGGGGUCGGUUGUUGAGGAAAGCAUUUCCUGCUAUUAAUUCCACAGGAACAUAUAGCCCCUCGUCUUACAUGGCAGCUGUCUCUGAGGGCAGGCAGACACUGUCCACCAACGUGCCUGGAGACCUGUCAUUUGAUAAGUUGUCACUUGAUGUUGAUGAGCCUUCAAGCACACCUCGGAAAGCUUCAUUGGACUCAAGGAGCAGCUCCAACGGCGAUAAACCAACACAGACUGAUGCCACUCAACCAAUUUCUCCAGUAAAGCGAAGCUCAUCAGCACCUGACCCAGAUGGUGUUCGGCAAAGCGCACAACUGAAAUCCUCUCUGAACCUGGAUGAUUUCAAAUUGAUCGCAGUCUUGGGCAGGGGGCACUUCGGAAAGGUGUUGCUGUCGGAGUACAAAAAAUCAGGACAACUGUUUGCCAUUAAAGCUUUGAAGAAAGGAGACAUUGUGGCAAGGGAUGAGGUUGACAGCCUUAUGUGCGAGAAACGGAUCUUCGAGACCGUGAACAUCUCCAAUCAUCCGUUCCUGGUCAAUCUUUUUGCGUGUUUUCAAACCCCGGAGCAUGUAUGCUUUGUGAUGGAAUACACGGCCGGUGGGGACCUUAUGAUGCACAUUCACGCUGAUGUCUUUUCCGAGCCCAGAGCUGUGUUCUAUUCUGCGUGUGUGGUUCUCGGUCUGCAGUUUCUCCACGAUAACAAGAUCGUGUACAGGGAUUUGAAGCUCGAUAACUUGCUGCUGGACACAGAGGGAUAUGUGAAAAUCGCUGAUUUUGGACUCUGUAAGGAAGAUAUGGGCUAUGGCGAACGGACAAGCACUUUUUGUGGUACUCCUGAGUUCCUUGCUCCUGAGGUUCUGACAGACACGUCCUACACGCGUGCUGUGGACUGGUGGGGACUUGGUGUUCUUAUCUAUGAGAUGUUGGUGGGAGAGUCGCCAUUUCCUGGGGAUGAUGAGGAGGAAGUGUUUGACAGCAUCGUCAAUGACGAGGUUCGAUACCCACGGUUCCUGUCUACUGAGGCCAUCGCCAUAAUGAGAAGGUUGCUGCGAAGGAAUCCUGAGCGCCGGUUGGGGUCCAGUGAACGUGAUGCAGAAGAAGUGAAGAAGCAGCCAUUCUUCAGGGAAAUAGAUUGGCAAGCCUUGCUUGCAAAGAAGGUCAAGCCACCUUUUGUUCCCACCAUCAAAGACCGAGAGGAUGUCAGCAAUUUUGACGAGGAGUUUACAGCAGAGGAGGCAACAUUGACCCCACCCCGAGAGCCCCGGAUUCUCACCGAGAAGGAGCAGAUUAUGUUCAAGGAGUUUGAUUACGUCUCGAAAUAUUGUUAAUAUUCAAUGGCUGGUUUGUUCAGCAAUAAAUCUCGCCACUGGUUUCAUAUUUCAAAAAUA